AUGGUACAUACUCCCAACCUGACCAGCAUCUUCAUGCAGUAUGUCGUCCAAAAUGUUGAUGUAGAGGUGGAGUACUACGACCAUGUGGCAGACGAGUGGUUUGAAACGCAUAACUUCACGGCCGACCUCACCCACAUUCCAUACCGCAUUCUGAUGCACGUCAGACACCAGGGCACGUAUUUCCGAUCGCGGGUCAAUAUGUACACCCCGAAGCCCUACACAAUAUCACUCACCUACACCGGCACCCCACCAACAGGCUACUCUGUGUUCACCUGGCCGAUGUUCCCGAUUGUCGGCAUCACUAUAACCGCAAACGACCCUCUUCUAGCAACGGUCAACGUGUCUUUGCCGACGGUUAACCCAGCGGCAAAUCUGAGAGUGCAGAUCGGUCAAGCUCACGGCGGCAGCAAUGCAUCGUCGAUCGUCACGUCCGCCAGCACCGUAGCACUAAGAAAUGUCACAGAAGGGGACUUCUACUUCCGUGUCGCAUCGACAAGCAGUUCCUCGGCUGCUUACUCUCAGAAAGUGUUCUUCCAUGUCUCACAUCGAGAUGAGUGUCUACAUCAGACUCACAAUUGCGACUCCAAUGCUACGUGUACCAACACGGUUGGGUCCUACAACUGCAUAUGUAACGCUGGGUUUUCAGGUAACGGCAAGUCCUGCCAAGCGAUUCCCGGCUACUGCUCUCAGCUACUGGUCCAGAACGGCGGCAUCGCGAACGGCACAGGGGCAUACUUGGGGACGACGGCACUGCUCGCAUGCGACGUAGGCUUCGUUCCAGUCGAUGGCAUCACAAACUUCACAUGCAAUGCUCUAAAUGAGGUGCACGGUAACUGGAGCGGAUUUCCAGCCUGCCAACGUAUCCGCUUUUGCACCCAUAUCACUGGUCAUGCCCGGACUGGGCGAAAAGUCGUAAUUCAAGUUGUUUCACCCAACACCGUGUCUUAUGAGGCUGCAAAAGCUAUGUGCGCCAAGGAAAAAAUGCAACUAUUGGCUCCAGAGCUCGGCUGGUGUGCAACAACUGAUGGUUCUAGUCCCUAUAGGGGUUACAAAGCAUGGCUAAAGUUUGAAGGAUUACCGGGUGAAAGAAUUGUAACCAACAUCGGUAACGUUUCGAUGAAUACUCCAACCCUAUAUCGCGCUAUUUGCUUCAAAGUCGCCUGCUUUGUACCUGCCAUUGCUAAUGGAGGCAGUAUCGAUGAAUUUAUCCUUAAGGAUGACCAGGUGCACUACACCUGUAAUACAGGUUUUUCACGUGCACUCGGUAUAAACACAACAUGUCUGGCUGACGGAACACUACGCGAAGCUCCAUCAUGUAACCUAAUCUGCACCCGUGUCUCAGCCGAUCGACCUAAGACAGAAGUCGUAAUUCAAGCUGUUUCACCCAACAACGUGUCUUACGAGGUUGCAAAAGGGAUGUGCACCAACAAACAAAUGCAACUAUUGGCUCCAGAGCUCAGCUGGUGUGCGACAACUAACGGUGCUAGUCCCUAUAAAGGUUACAACGCAUGGCUCGAUUUUGAAGGAGUUCCGGGCGAAAGGAUUGUAUCCAUCAUCGGUCCCGUUAAGAUGUAUACUGCAAAGCUAUUUCGCGCUGUUUGCUUUAGAGCUCUACACAAUUGAGGUUGAUCGAUCCACCAGUAGAGGCCAGUUAAAUGUGGUCAGUACACGGUGGCUGCGUCACAUAAUUGGCAGAUUCCGCUAAUUGAAAUACAUUGUCCUCGUGCUGCCUACCUUCGUCCAAUUCUCUCGGCCCACUUAUGUCUCUCGCUGAAGUUUCUCACUGUUUCUCUCCCGCUUUCUUUCCCUCUCUUUCUUGCUCUGCCUCUGUCUCUAUUUCUCUGUCUCUGUCUCUCUCUCUCUCCCUCUCUGUCUCUCUCUCUCUCUCUCUCUC